AUGGGUAUUCCUGACUUAAGAGAAACAAUCGAGGCCUGUGAGGACAUUGUUCCAAUUGCCCAGCUUGCCGAAGAGCACUUUCUGCACAACAAAAGACCUCUGAAAAUUGCCGUCGAUGAAUCAGAUUGGCGAUUCAACAAUGUAUCUCCAGAAAAGGUCGCUGCAAUCCGUCGCAAAGUACCAGCUGCCAAUCCUGUCGAGAAGGCAAUGUUCUACAGAAUCUGCAACCUUUUGACGCUGAACAUUGAACUCGUGUUCGUCUUCGAUGGUCCCGAUGUCCCUGCUAAACGCGGUCGUACCCAGCACGGUCGCAAAGUCAGCCCAAAAGACCGAGAGCUUUUGAAAGAAACCUUGACGCACUUUGGUAUCCCAUACAUAGAUGCGCCCGGAGAGGCCGAGGCCGAAUGCUGCAAUCUACAGAAGCUCCGCAUAGUCGACGCCGUGUGGUCGCAAGAUUCGGACUGCCUAAUGUUUGGCUGUACCCUUUGGCUUCGCGACCAUCGGACUCCCAAGGAAGAAGGGUACGAUAAUAGGAACAAAGGACAUACCAAGAAGGCUGCUAAGACGGUGCGGGUGGUUCGUGCUGCGACUCUGGCCGAAAAGCACCGUUUGAAGCGUGAAGGCUGCGUGCUGUUCGCCAUGCUCGCCGGGGGAGACUACGACCCUGUAGGCCUUGCACGAUGCGGCGCUAUGACAUCGCUCGAAGCAGCAAAGUCUGGCCUUGGUAUAAGUUUGUGCAAAACGACGAAUCAAGAUGACUGUCAUAGGUGGAGAGAGCACGUACUGAAGCCUUUCUUCAAAAGAAAGAACAUCCAAAUCGCAGUGCCUGCCAACUUUCCAAGCUUUACCACCCUCCUGAAGUACAACAAACCCAGGGUACAUCCAGAAUCAUUCCAUGCUCGUAACAAGCAACUCUUUCCAGACUACAAACGUUCCGUAGACGAGGCUGCGCUUCUCCGCGUGACAGUUACUAAUCUUUUCAUCCUCAAAGUCAACAUCUGGGCUCGACUAUACAUGGAAUGGGUGGUACCGACUUUGCUCACUCGUGAUCUCGCCGACAGGGAUCCAUCGUUGGCACAUGAUCACGUCCACGGCGUCGAGUUGCUUCGAUCAAGGCCAGCAAAGAACCAGGAUAUAACCGCCAGACAACUAGAAACAAAGAUUGGAUUCUCUCCCAUGGGUUUGACAAAGCUGCUGAGGCCAAUACCUGGUGGGACAGAGUGGAAAUUCUUGAUGGUCGCCGAAGACAACUUGUACCAAUCAACCCACCGAGUCGAGUGCGAGGUACCCACGUAUCUACUUCGAAAAGUUCUGCCACCGGCAUUGUUCGCACUGCCUAUUUCGGCAAACGAAUCUCGAACGUCGAAACGAAUUCAUGAUGGUAGUGUCGAUGCGCACGCUGAGCAGCUUAGUAGCGCAGCAAAGAGAUCGCGUAUGGCUCAAAGCCCAACUGAAUUAGUAACUAGCGAUAGCCCGAGCAUGUCCCGCUCGCUUGCUCGUCAAUCGACAGCUCCGCAACCUGCUAGAGGCACUUUUCAACUAGGAAAUAUAGACGACAAUGGCCCGCUCUUCAUUCGAAACUAUCCAGCUAGGUCCAAUAAACGGUCGGGCGAAAUGAUCUCUCAAGGUGAUAUUUCAGCGUCGGAAGAGUUGGACUUACAACGAGCUCUACGGCUGAGUCUAGAAAUGCGAUCUACAGCGGGUGCUUGCCCAGCAAAGCCUUCAAAGUCGCCAAAGAGGUCGGACACACCCGAGGUUAUCGACUUGACCUGA